ACAUUAAAAAAACACUGCAAAUGGUCUCAGUUUUUACACUGGAAAAUAAUAAUUUGGCCCAGUAAGGAAUAUAUCAAAGGUUAAGAGGUUGCUAGCUGCGUAUUAUUGUCUUAUCACAUGACGAUCAGCUGACCUGGACUUGUGACAUGGCAUAAUUUCACACCUGGGGUCGUCGCUAGUGUUGCUGACUGACAGUGUCACUUGAGACUGAGUAGUGGAACAUGGACACCAACGAGAAGACAUCGGACAAAGUCGUCACGUGUCCUGUCUGUUCAGCGAGUCUGCUUCCACAAUCUGGUUCUUUGAAAAAUGGAAUUUAUGCAACAACUUGUGAAAACUGUGGACAUUUUAUCAAAUUUCGGUGUACUGGGCCAGUCAAAUCAGAUGUUAAAUUUACCAUCAAUGGUCAAUCGUACACAAUUGGUAACCAGUACAGUGGAGCCCUGUCUCUCAAUGAGUGGCUGCGACGGGCGGGCGUGUCGUUCGGGACCAAGGUGAUGUGUAUGGAGGGAGGGUGUGGUGUCUGUCUCGUCACCGCCAAGCUGUACGAUCCCGUGUCGAUGUCAGAGAAAGUCUUCUCUGUCAAUUCGUGUCUUGUUCCACUGUACACCUGUGAUGGGUGGGAAAUCACAACAAUUGAAGGACUCGGAGAUCCUAUAACUGGUCUCAACCCAGUACAGAAACGCUUGGCCAGCUAUAAUGGUAGUCAGUGCGGAUUCUGCAGCCCAGCUCAGGUCAUGAAUAUGCAUGGACUACUUCAGCGUGUUCCCAAGCCCACAAUGCAAGAAGUGGAAGACACAUUUGACACAUCAAUCUGUAGAUGUACUGGUUACCGGUCAAUUCUAGAUGCCAUGAAGUCGUUUGCUUCUGAUGCUCCACCCCAUUUACCUGGAGGACCAAUCGACAUCGAGGAGGUUGACCAGCAGCUGUGUAAGAAGACGGGCCAGCCAUGCAGUGGUCAGUGUUCUGGCCAUGGGUCACUGCCUCCACUACACAUGGUGUUACAGGACACUCAGUGGUUCCGCCCCACCUCCAAGUCCGAGCUCUUUGCCAUCAUCAAGCAGGUUGAGACCAAGAACUACCGCCUCGUGUUCGGAAACACAGGAUAUGGUGUGUAUAAGGACAUUGGACCAUGGAUGUAUGAUAUUCUGAUUGACCUACGAGGCAUCAAAGAAUUCUAUGCAAUUUCUUUUGACACGACUGUGUUGUUUGGUGCGAGCCUGACUCUGUCAAAUCUUCUGAACAUCUUCCAAAAGUCUAAAUCUGAUCCGACGCUGACCUACUUCAAAUGUCUCGCCAAACACCUGGCACGUGUGGCUAACACAGGAGUUAGAAACCUUGGUUGUUGGGCCGGGAACCUGAUGCUGAAACACGCACAUCCUGAGUUCGUCUCCGAUAUUUUUGUCAUGCUGGAGACCGUGGGCACAAAACUAAUCGUUGGAGGUCCAGAUCAUUCUGAUGUUAAUUUGACGCUGACAGAUUUCUUGAAAACCGAUAUGAAGGGCAAGGUCAUAACCCUGGCUGUCCUACCAACCUAUCAGCCUUCAGACAAUAUGUACAUCAGAACGUUCAAGGUCAUGCCUCGAAAUCAGAAUGCCCAUGCUUACGUGUCAGCUGGAUUCCGCAUGCAGAUUGACAAGGCGACUAAUUACACUGUGACAUUGAAACCCUCCAUUGUGAUGAAUGGCAUAUCAAAGACAUUUAAUCAUGCCGUGUUGACAGAAAAUUACCUUGUUGGUAAACAGCUGGGUGAUCCAAAUGUGCUAAAAGGUGCUCUUGGUAUGCUAGCAUCCGAGCUUAUUCCUGAUGCAUCAAGUCUUACUGACACUAACUAUAUCAAGUCUCUCGCUCUCAGUCUUUUCUACAAGUUUGUCCUGGGAGCCUGUGAUACGAAAGUUUCUCCUAGAUACAAGAGUGGUGGUGCCAAUCUGUAUCGGCCUCUGUCAUCGGGCACGCAGUCUUACGACACCCACAAACAGGAGUGGCCUGUCAGUGAACCCAUGACAAAGACGACAUCUGAAUUACAGACCUCGGGUCGUGUGCAGUUUGUUAAUGAUGUUCCUCCCCAGUCUGGAGAGCUCCAUGCAGCAUUUGUCCUCAGCUCGGUUGGUAAAGCUCAGAUCUCAAACGUGGACACAUCUGCAGCACUGAGCUUACCAGGUGUUCUGAAGUAUUUGUCCGCUGCCGAUAUUCCACCAGGGGGCAAGAACAACUACACUCCUACAGGAGAGUUUGUGGAAGAGAUAUUUUCAAGUGGUGAGAUCCAAUUCUGUGGACAGCCAAUUGGCCUCAUUGUGGCUGUCGACCAGCUGACGGCUGACACUGCGGCCAGUAUGGUGAAGGUCACCUACACCAACGUCCAUCCCCCCGUUCUCACCAUGGUGGAGGCUAUACAGCAGGGCUCGGUCUUCCCACAUGUGGCGGAAGAGAUCAAAGUGGGAGAUGCAGAGGCUGCAAUUGCUGCAUCUCCAAAGAAGAUCCUAGGACAGAUUUCUAUGGAAAGUCAGUAUCACUUUCAGAUGGAAACACAGAUCAGUAUCUGCAGCCCAACAGAAGAUGGAGUUGGGAUGAAUGUGCUGGCGGCCACCCAGUGGAUAGAUUACGUCCAGCAGGUGGUGGCGGGAGUCCUCAACAUUCCCGAGAGUGGAGUGAACGUCAGUGUGAGGAGGCUGGGUGGAGCGUAUGGGUCGAAGAUCACCAGGAAUAACCAGAUAUCAGCAGCGUGUGCCCUGGCAGCUCACAUCAUGAGGAAACCUGUGAGACUGUUUCUGAACUUCCACGACAACAUGAAAGCGAUCGGCAAACGGUUUCCAUACCUAGCAGACUAUCAGAUUGGUGUGUCCAAUGAAGGCAGACUGAAUGGAAUUAAGAUCACAGUGAAUGCUGAUUGUGGAUUUUCUCCAAAUGAUCAAAUACUGUCAGGAUUGUUCUACUGGCUAGACAAUGCUUACUACUGCCCUAACUGGUACUAUAUUCCUGUUGCCUUGAAAACAAACAAACCUUCAAACACAUCAGCUCGUUCACCAGGGUCAUGUCCUGCAGUGUUCAUUAUGGAGUCCAUGAUGGAACACAUUGCCAAAUGUCUGGAUAAAGAUCCUCUGGAAAUUCGCAAACUCAACUUGUACCAGAAGGGCCAGAAAACCCCUGGUGGUAUGGUGUUGAACUACUGCAACCUGACAUCACUUGUAUCGCAGUUAGAAUUAUCUGCUGAUGUUGUUAACAGAAAGAAACAAAUUGCUGCUUUUAAUCAGGCCAAUAAAUGGAAGAAGAAGGGUCUCUCUGUGGUUCCUCUUAAGUUUGGAAUUGGUUGGGCCACCGCCACGUAUAACGUGUUUCUCACCAUCUACCAUGGAGAUGGGACGGUGGCUAUUGCUCAUGGUGGAGUGGAGUCUGGUCAGGGUAUCAACACAAAAGUGUCUCAAGUGUGUGCUUACGAGCUAGGCAUCGCCAUGGAUACCAUCAAGAUCAAACAGGACAGCACGCUGGCCAAUGCCAACUCCCAAACCACUGGUGGGAGUAUCACCAGUGAACUGUGCUGUCUGGGCGUGAUUGAGUGCUGCAAGAUGCUCAAACAGCGGAUGGCUCCAGUCAAAGCCAAGAUGGUGGAUCCGACAUGGAAGCAGCUGGUUGCCAAGUGUUUCCAGGAAGGAGUUGAUCUUUCUGCACGAUACUUCACCAACGAGACGGAUUCGUCUGUGUUCCACUACAAUGUGUACGGAGUCACGUGUACCGAGAUGGAACUGGAUGUCCUCACCGGGGAGAAUCAAAUAACAUCUGUAGACAUGUUGUAUGACUGUGGAGAGAGUAUUAAUCCCGAGAUUGACAUAGGCCAGGCAGAAGGGGCAUUCGUGAUGGGACUGGGAUACUGGUUGUUGGAGAAACUACAGUUUGAUUCUAAAACUGGUGAAAACCUAACAGCUGGAACAUGGGAGUACAAGCCACCAAUGGGUAAAGAUAUUCCAAUUUCUUUCAACAUCAAAUUCUUGAAAAAUGCCCCAAAUCCGCUGGGAGUCCUCCGAUCAAAAGCUGUUGGGGAGCCUCCUCUUUGUAUGUCAUGUUCCGCUCUGUUUGGACUGAAACACGCCAUGGAGGCAGCCCGCAGGGACAUUUCCAAGGAUGUUUUCUUUGCCUUGAACGCUCCUGCCACUGUUGAAGCUGUGCAGCUCCAGUGUCUGGUUGACCCCAGUCAGAUGGUGUACGGGCCCUGACUAGCAGGUCAUGGUCACAUGGUGUAUGGGCCCUGACCUGCAGGUCAUCGGGAGGAUUUCUCUGAAAUGAUUUAGCAUGAAUUGAACAUUCAUGCAGCCUGCACUUUACCGUUUCCAACCACAUUUUGACGCACAUAAAAAAAUUUACAUAGUGCAUUUUUUGCAUAACUCUUUGAUGUACAUUUUAUUAAGCAGUAUAUGAUACAGAAAUAUAUUUUGAAUUGUAUUUUACUUUUUAAUUAAAUUGUAUAUUAAUAUUGAAAUUCAUUGAAUUGAAACAACUUGUUUGUUUGACAUGUGUAUAAAAUAUAAUUGUAUUUUUAAAAUGUUGAUUUUGUUAAAUAUUUACCAGAUAUCUUGUGUAUAAUACAUUUUACAAUGAAAGUAAACACGGCUACAACGGUGUUGUAAUUGAAGCCAAUUUGUUUAUUAUUAUUAUUUUGCUAUUACAAAACUAGAACACAAAUAUAAACCCUAGAAACCCUUCUUGUUUUUUGUUAUAACUGACUAUUUACUUUUGACUAAAUUGUGUAAUUAAUUUAGUCAAUAGGUGAACCUGAAAAAAAAAUCUUUAAACAUUUGUGGGUAUAGCGCAAUACCCGUUUUACCUUCUGGCAGAAACCCUGUCCAUGAAUUUUUAGUUUCUACAUUGUACUUGCAUAAAGGGUUGCAGAAAAUAAUCUGUAUUAAAAAUGUUGGCAAUUAUUUUUGAUGGCCAGAAUAAACUUUAAAAAAAAAAAAAACAUCGUAAUGUUUUCGACUAGGUGUUAUACCUGUUGUAUGCUUGCAUGUCUUUAGCAUUUAUUUCAUGCAGAAAAUUGCAUCAUUAUCAAAGAUGUAGCAUUGUAAGGACAAAAGAAAAUCAAAUAUGUUUACAUCAAACUAUAUAAGUUUUACUUUUGAACGUGUAGUCGUAGAUUUACAUUUAUGUACAAAAUUACAUUUACAAUAUUUUUUUGACAAAUUGGUCUCUAGGCCGUAACAGUGGUAUGUGAAAUGUUUUGUUUAUUUUUUAUUUAUAUAAUAUAUGGUAAAACAAAGCAAUGUAUAUUAUUUUGGUACUUGUUUCCAUAGCAAAUCACCACCAUAGCCAUGUAAAUGUUUGUAAAUUAAACUGAAAAUGUUUAUACUUAUUUUUCUAUGUAGCCAAUUAAUUUGAGUAUAUAGUUCAUAUUCGUCUUCCACAUUAAAAUACUAGUAAAUUGUAUGAUGCAAAUGGCUUUAAUAUUUGGAGAUUUUACAUAAAAUGUUUCAGUACAUAUUAUGAUACAUGUAGAUGUACAGUACGUUUUGUUACUGUAAGUUUUUUAACCCUUUCCGACUAUGGAACGGGAAAUCCCGUUAAAAAAAAAAAAUCACCAUUCAGAUUAUAGAACGGGAAAUCCUGUUGUGUUUUCAGUUUGGAUUUGUCACAGGUUGACAUGUGCAAUAGAGGCAGUGCUAACAAUAUUCUGUAGAAGUUUUACAUGGUUUGCUUUGAGAAUGUGCUCAUUUAUUCGGAAUUUGGUAUGUUACCUGCAAUGGCGACAUCCAUUUCCGAUAAUAUGGCCUUCACGAAAAAUGACUGAUAGUGUUGUUUUUCGGAAUGUGAGAGUGAUAAUUCAGACAGAAUUCCACUAGCUGAUAUACUAUCACUAAUUCAAGAUGACAUACCACUUUCAAGAUUUGCACCUGGUCGGAGAGCAAGUGAUGAUGAGAUUGACGACGAUAUAGCAGUUUCUUCAUUUACACAUUUUCAUAGAAAUUUGAUGUUUUUAUAACCAGUGAUUUUUUUUAAUAUACCUGUAAUAUGUAUAAUAAUGAGCUACUUCUCAUAGACAAUUGAUUUAUGUUUACAAAUAUGCUUGAACCAGUCUUCUACUAUGAAUAAUAACCAAGUUAUCAUCAAGUAACCAUCUGUAAAUUUAUCCUUUGUUAAACUGUCAAAUAUAUCAAUUCCUAGGGCACUUUUUGAAGACAAUGGGUUAACGAGUUUGAAAGGGUUAACCAGAAACUUGUAAAUGGCUGCAUAUUUGGAGAGUUUACAUACAUACACACAUUACAUAGUAUAUACAUGUAUAUAUGUGUAUGUUCAGUACUCUGUUGUUUCUAUUUCUGAACCAGAAAUGUGUGUUCCAUGAAAACCUUACUUUUACAGUAGUAUAAUGGCUCACUUCUGAAUGAAGUACCAUAAGUGAUUAAUGACAUUUACAUGUAUACAUGUACAAAUGAUAAGUAGGCCUAUACAAAAAAAAAUCUAAAAGGAAAAAAAUAGUUUUGGUUUAAUUCCAAUAGAUUAUGUGAAUGUAAACUAAUGUUUUAAACAAUGUAUUGUUAAGUUUUUGUGGUCUGUUGUAACAAGUUUUGACAUCAUAUAUUAUUGUUGUUCCAAGAUGACCAGAUAUCUUUUUACUAAUAAAAUAUAUUUUUUAA